ACCUGAUUGAAACAGAACUCACAUAAACUCACUCUUGCUAAUUGCUUCCUCUCUAUCUCGAUUCUCGCGUCUUGUUCUGCCUCUACCACCGUCCACCACCACAGGCAGCAAUCAACAUCACUGGUUAUUACCGGAUCGUAUCCAGAGCUUCUCAGAUUAGGUAAUUGACGAUGCAAGAGAAGAAGUACGGAUUGCAAAUUAGGGCUCCAAAAUCUAAGCAAAAGAAUCAGCAGACAAGAGCUUCGGUCCCAAAACCCUUUUGCUUCAAUGACGACGAUGGUGAUGAUGUGGAGGGAGAAAUUUCUCGGCAGGCUACUAAGAAUAAGUCCCUCAAAGAUGUUGAGGAGCAGUACAAGAAAGCCUUGGAAGAGGACCCGUCAGUAUUUGAUUAUGAUGGAGUUUAUGAUGAAAUGAAAUCCAAGGUUGUUGAGCCGAAAGCGCAAGAUAGACAGCAGCGCCAGCCAAAAUACAUUCAAAUCCUGAAGGAAAAGGCCCAACGACGAGAAAGAGAACAUGAGGUUGUUUAUGAGAGGAAGCUUGCAAAAGAAAGAACCAAAGAUGACCACCUUUUUGCAGAUAAAGACAAGUUUGUCACUGGUGCUUACAAAAGGAAGCUUGCCGAGCAGGAAAGAUGGAUAGAGGAGGAACGCUUGCGUGAAUUACGUGAAGAGAGGGAUGAUGUGACGAAGAAGAGUGACCUGACAGAUUUUUACUUCAACCUUGCCAAAAAUGUUGCAUUUGGAGCUAGUGAGAAAUCUAAGAAGCCAGGGAGAGAUGAAAAAGAACCAACAGCUGUCAAAGAAGAGUUGAAGAAUCAAGAGAAACCAGAAAAGGAUCCAGAGUCAAACCCAAGUCCCACUGAGCAUCUGUCGACCAGCUCAGCUGUGGCCUCAUCUUCGAGACUGGAAGAUAGAGGUCAAGAACCGUCUGUUGUUUCUAAGAUAAGUCAAGAGUUAGUUGCAAAUCCAGCACCUCAUACGUCUACUGAAACGAACCCCCCGCCUAGUAAUCAGGCCAAGCAGGACCAUCAUAAGAAAAGUGAGGAUGCUCUUGCAGCUGCCAAAGAACGGUUCCUGGCGAGAAAAAAAGCGAAGGUGCAAGAAUGAAUCAACAAUCUCCCCCCGCCCCCCCGCCCCCCCGCCCCCCCCCCCACACCUUCGGAAUUGCAGCAGAUCAGUAACUUAGGUUCUGAUGUCUUGUCUCUGGGUUUACUACCUUCAUACAGCAGUUAAUCAUGUUGCAGUGUAUGAACUUUUUAAGGUGGAUAUCAAGACGAAUUCUCCUUUUGUAAGUAAUUUCACUGUGUAUUGGAUCUCCGUUUUGUCCGCCACCAGUAGUCCUGUUGUAAAUUGUAAUCAACUUCUCUUGAAGCCCUUGUUUGAACGGCUAGAUCGCCUAGUAAAUGUUCUUUAUUAAGUA